ACGGGUGAAUUUACAUGACAUAUUGUUGUUGUUUGAUUAUUUUCGAAGUUAGAGGAGGGAAAAGAGAAAUUUAUUUUCUAUUUCAGAUAUUUUUUUCAAGUGGUGGAACCUGAAGAGACUAAUGUUUCGAAUUAAUCGAGACCUCUGUUGCUUUUCGACGUCCGGGAAGUACUUCGCUACUGCACAUCAACAGGAGUUAAUUGUUAGGGAUUGUAGAACAUUGGAAAGUGUUCAAACAUUCUCUUUUCAGGAUGUUAUUGAAUAUUUGGACUGGUCUCCUGGAGGGCAACUGAUCCUCUGUGCUAAUAUCAAGAAAGGAGUCAUUCAAGUUUACUCGAUCAAACAUCCAAAAUGGAAAUGUAAACUGACACAAGGAAGUUGUGGGAUGGAAAGGGCCUUUUGGGGCCCUGACGAUCGUUCGAUCUUGAGUAUUUCAGAUUUAAACAUUCAUUUAUCGAUUUGGACGUUGGAUGAUCAUAAUUUAACAAAUAUCUGGAGCUUGAAAUCCUCAGCCCCCCAGAGCAUCGCCCUGAACAUCCCCCAGAGGCAAUUGUCAGUUAUAGUAUCGAAAAAGGGAAGGGACUGGAUCGAAAUAUAUGAAACCAACACCUGGAAAUUAACAAGAAAAUUGAUGUGUGAUAAGCUAUUUGGAAUCGACGGAGUCUGCUGGUCUCCAAAUGGUGAAUUAUUAGCCAUUUGGUGUUCAACUAUUGAGAACUCUAGAUUACUGGUUUACUCGAGCGUGACAGAUUCCCAUAUUGGAGCAUUCAGUGGCGGAGACCGGGAGAAAAAUGGACCGACGAAUGGAAUUACGAAAUCCUUACAGGAAAAAAAUAUAAAGGGUAUAGAUAAAGUGGUCUGGAGCCCUGAAGGACAGUUACUAGCUAUCGUUGGAUAUAAUGAGAUGAUUGUAGUCGUAAAUUAUGUCACCUGGACGGCAAUUGUAUCAUUAUAUUGUGAUCCGGUCAUACGAGAGGGAAAUUAUCUUGGAAAAGUCUUUAAAGAAAUUGAGGUGAAGAGGAGAGACUGGGCGGCUCACAUUGAUUCUCUCUCACUCCCAGACCACCAUAUUAAACAUAAAAUGCAGGAAAUUAAUGAAAGACCUAUCAACAUCGAAAUUGAUAUCAAACCGAUAAAUUGGAACGUGACAAUCGCUGCAAUUGAUACUAUUGAGUUCAGUCCUUGUGGGAGAUUUUUAGCCAUUAGACAUCAACUGUAUCCAGCUACGGUAUGGAUCUGGGAUCUCAUGGAUGACUGUGUUGAUUAUCUGUUAUUAAAAAAUUCAGUUUCUGGAAUUUCCUGGGAACCGAUCAAAACUCGACUUCUGGUUUCUUCCGAAUCCUCUCUGAUUUUUGAAUGGAGGCCAAGGAAACCAGCCACGUCCUUCGAGUCUCCAAAAGCCAUGAAAGUAUUGAAUUUCAAAUGGAAUCCUCAAGGCGAAAUCGUCGCUCUACAAGGAUACAACAAAACCUCCGUAAUUCGCAUCGGUGAUUAAUAUUUAUUAUAAUUUAUCCUGUAAA